CCAGGCCGGGCCGGGCCGAGCCGAGCCGGGCCGUGCGCUCCGGCGGCAUGGCGCUGGCGGUACAGGCGCUGCGGCUGCUGUGCUCUAGCGGCGGCUGCCUGGAGAAGAGCGAGCUGCAGCGGCGGCUGCCGGGGCGGCUGCAGCCGGAGCAGCUGGAGCUGGUGCUCCAGGACGCGCAGCGCUUCACGCUGGUGCGGCGGCCGGAGCCGCAGGGGGCGGCGGCGGCGGUGGUGGUGGUGGCCACCAGCGCCGUGCGGCUGUGCCCGGAGCACGGCGCCGGCUGCGAGGAGCAGUGCGGGCGGCUGCACCUCUGCAAGUACCACCUGAAGGGCGUCUGCCGCCACCAGGGGACCAGGAAGGAAUGCAAGUUUGUUCACAACUUUCACUCAGAGCACAAUUUCUGUGUGCUAAAGCAAUAUGGACUUGAGAAAUUAAAUAGUGAUGAACUUCGCCAGCUUCUUCUUCAAAAUGACCCUUCGCUCUUACCAGAGGUCUGCUUGCAUUAUAACAAAGGUGAUGGACCUUAUGGAUCUUGUACCUAUAAAAAGAUCUGCACCAAGCUGCAUAUUUGCCAGUAUUACUUGCAGGGACAAUGCAGAUUUGGCAGCAGCUGCAAGCGAUCCCAUGACUUCUCAAAAUCAGAAUGUUAUGAGAAACUGGAGAGACAGGGAAUGAGCUCUGAGAUCAUUGAGAAAUUACCCUCCACUUACAGGAACAUGUAUGAUAUAAAAAAGGGCACCAGGAACAUGUAUGACACACAAGAUAACAAGCCUUCACCAUGCAAAGAGAGAAAACACAGCUCUAGUCAAGAGUCCUCAACUAUGAAUGACAAAGAAUCGGAACAGAUCUGUUUAUAUCAUCUAUACAAAAGUUGUGGCUUUAAAGACAAGUGUAUCAGAGUUCAUUUUCACUUGCCAUACAAAUGGCAAAUUUCUGAUGGUAAUACCUGGAAAGACUUGAAGAAUAUGGAAGAAAUAGAAGCAGCAUAUUGUGACCCCAGUAAAACCAGAUUUAGUAAUGGUGUUACUGAAAGUGGCUCUGUCUUGCCAUGCAUCUGCUUUCGGAGUAUGUGCUGUGGGUUUGAAAAGAUUAGACGUAUUUCUACAGCCUCCUCUGUGACCAAACCGUCUCACUUCAUUCUUACAACAGAAUGGAUCUGGUACUGGAAAGAUGAAUAUGGUCAGUGGCGGGAGUAUGGAAAAAAGGAUGAGGAUCAUGCAGCUGCCACUGUCUCCAGGGAGGAUCUGGAGAAAGCUUACAUAGCCAAAGCUUCUCCAAAGCUGAACUUUAAAGCUGGAAGACAUGAAUAUGAACUCAGUUUUGGAGCCAUGGUUCAGAAAAAUCUUCGCUAUACAACUGAGAGAGAGGUUUGCAGAAGACCUAAAUUCGUCUCCCAGUCAGAGGUAGAAAAGACAAGAAAGAGGGGCUUUAAACAUUCAGAAGAAGAAAGUUUCAGUGUUCCAGCCUACUGGGACAAAUCUGCCCUGCCUGAGCUGGGAUUCAAGCUAGUUGAACUUGACAGUUCUUCUGACGAACACAAGAAAGUCCAGGUAGACUUUCAGCGCACGAUGCCCAAAACAAUCAUUCAAAGGAUUCGUAGAGUUCAGAACCUGUCUCUCUGGGUACUGUAUCAGUGGCAAAAGGAGCAAAUGCAGAAGAGCAAUGAUGGGAAAGCUGUAGAUGAGAGAUAUUUAUUUCAUGGGACCAGUAAAAAAUACAUUGACGCCAUCUGCCAGCAAAACUUUGACUGGAGGAUCUGUGGCCUUCAUGGGACAGUCUAUGGCAAAGGAAGCUAUUUUGCAAGAGAUGCAUCAUAUUCUGACAACUACUGUAGGGAAGACUUGCCCACCAAGACCAUGUUUCUGGCACGUGUAUUGGUAGGAGAGUUCACUCUUGGUAGUUCUUCUUAUGUUCGUCCUCCGUUGAAGGACAACCAGAACAGCUUCUAUGACAGUUGUGUGAACAACCCUUCAAACCCUUCAAUUUUUGUCAUCUUUGAGAAGCAGCAGGUUUAUCCAGAGUAUCUCAUAGAAUACAUUGACCAGGCAUUAGCAAAAAAGCUAUGACAACACAAGCAAUCAUCAUUACAUUUAGCUAGUAUAAAGUCUUGGUGUAGUAUUGGUAUAACUAAAAAGAGUGAAUUUCAGAAGUGUGCUUGGGUAGAUGAGUGGAUGUUCAGGCAUUUAUUCUCUAGCCUUUCUGUGCAAUAGUAAAUGGGGUAAAGACACAAAAGGGCGGGGUUUUUUUUUGUUUUGUUUUAGAACUCUUAGGAGGGAUAAUGUCUCCCCACAGUACUAGAGUUUUGAGGGUUUUAUACAUUUACUAUACGGACUUGUAACAGAGAUUUACUAUGACUGCUAAGAUUGUCUUUCGAAACAAUAUUUAGUUACAAUUGUUUCAGGAUAGAUAUUAACAUGUAGUGAUUGUUUAAAGACUGUCUCCUUCUACAAGUUUAUCUUUUAACUCAAAAUUUGAUAAAUCAUUUUUAAUAACCAGUGUCUAUAGUUACAGUAGACAAUAUAAGUAAUUGCAAAUGAGACUGUACACACUCUUUCUCUGUACUCAUUGCAUAGAUUCUUAGCAACACUGUGAUGUGUCCUUACUUAUUUUUCACCAACAGAGCCUCAAAAAAUUAAACCUUGUUUGUUGAAAAGGACCAGAAA